AUGAAUAAGAAGAUUCUCAAUGGAAGGACUCUAACUGCUUCUAUUGCUGCUGAUAAUGGACGUGCUCCGGAGUUUAUUCGGAAGCGCGUGUACAAUACUGAGACUGCUUUGUGUUAUGAGUGUGGGGGGCAUGGUCAUUUGUCGUAUGAGUGGCCUAAGAAUCAGUUGGGGCCGAGGCCACGACCUCAGCCUAAGAAGCCGCGACGGGGAUUUAGUGGGCUUAGGGAUAGGGAUGGGGAGGAGGAAGGUGAUGAGGAGGAGGAGGAGGGUGGUCAGAUUGCUGCGGAGCAGUUUGACGAUAAUUGGGCUUCUGUUGUGGAUGAUGAAGCGGGUGAAAGGUUGCUGGGGAGAAACAGAAAUGAUGAUGAGGGAUUGGACAACAACAAGACGAAGAAGAAAGGGAAGAAAGCUGGGUAUUUCAGUGAUGAGAGUGAUGAUGAUGAUGAUGAUUGA